AUGACCCCAUCCGUCGACGUCUGCCAUGGACCAACUCUCUUCGAUGCUGCUUACCAGCCGCUAGUCGAACCGUUCAGACCCGACCAGACUGCGCCUGCCAGGGCCUCUGCCAGCGACAACCGCUCCAUCGUCAACCAGGCGUUGGUCUCCCACGUCGCUGAAAUCGACCACCACAGCUGUGAUGCUGGCGACGAGGACUCGUUCUUCGUGUGCGAUCUUGGUCUGAUUUCCAGAGCGUUUGCCACCUGGAAACGCCACUUGCCACGGGUGCACCCGUUCUACGCCGUCAAGUGCAACCCCAACGUGGAGGUGCUCCGUUUGUUGCUGUCUUUGGGCGCCAACUUCGACUGUGCCUCCAAAACCGAGAUCGACACCGUUUUGGGCUUGGGCAUUGCCCCAGCCAGAAUUGUCUACGCCAACCCCUGCAAGACGAACUCGUUCAUUCGUCACGCAGCGUCUGCUGGCGUCAACAUGACGACCGUCGACAACCCACACGAGCUCUACAAGUUGAAGCAGCACCAUCCGCAGUGUGGAAUCUUGAUCCGGAUUGUUACCGACGACGAGGGCGCCUUGUGCCGGUUAUCGACCAAGUUCGGAUGCUCUUUGGACGUGGCAAUCAACCAGUUGUUGCCUUUGGCCCACCAGUUGGGCUUGACUGUGCGUGGAGUGGCUUUCCACGUAGGCUCGGGUGCUAAGGACUUCCGCUCCAUCACCAGGGCCAUUGGCGACGCCAGAACCGUGUUCGACAAGGGAAUUGACCUCUACGGUCAUCCCAUGAACGUGUUGGACAUUGGUGGCGGCUUCGAGCCGGAGUCGUUUGGCGAGUCGUCCCACACCGUCAACGCAGCCUUGGACACUUUCUUCCCAGCCAGCUACCUCGACCACCAUGGAAUCGAGCUUGUGGCUGAGCCAGGACGGUUCAUGGUGUCCAAUGCGUUCACGUUGGCCACCCAUGUGAUUGCCAGACGGGACUUGGCCGACGACAAAAUCAAGGCCAUGAUCUACAUCAACGACGGGGUCUACGGCAACUUGAACUGUAUCUUGUUCGACCACCAGCACCCCCAGGCCAAGGUGUUGAAGCAUGGCGACACCUACCACUUCCAAUCGACCAAUCAAGAAGGUGAGGUCGAGAAUGAUGCCGAACAGGGCAAGCACCACUUCUCGAUCUGGGGACCAACUUGUGAUGGUUUGGAUUGUGUGUCCAGUGACACUGUUUUGUCUCACGAUGUCGAGGUCGGGGACUGGUUGUACUUUUCCAACGUGGGUGCGUACACCAGCACCUCCACCACCUCGUUCAAUGGCUUUAAGGGAAAUGCCCACGUAGUGUACGUUUCCUCUGCUAGUUAA